CUCGGUUGCGUGAAAGCUGGAGGUUUCCGUGCGAUUUGGAGUGGGUUGUUUUGGGUGUAAAGCUUCGAUUUUUACGUGAAGUGAGAACCGAUUUCCGGUGCUGGCGCUGUGAUUUAGCUUGGGUUUGGGCCGUUGGGGUUGGUUGCUGCGGGUGGCGCUGACCGGAUCGACAGGGUAAUGCGAAUGGGAAGGGGUUGUUUGGUUUGGUUUGAUUUGGUCAGAGCUUGACUUUUCGCUGGCCGCCGCCGCCGUGGACUCGGCCGCUGUCUUUCUUGUGCAAAUCGCCUGCUUUGGACAUUGUAGAUCACCUACCUCGACACACUUUUUCUGGAUUGCUCGACCGACUUACAAAGCUUUAGAUAAAGUGGUGCUGCUCCCUCAAUGUUAGUAGCUUGCAUCACAAUUUCCAGAACAGAUCGUGACUUAAACUAGUUAGUGCGUCGCAAUAUGUACUAGAACAACCACCAAAUUACUUGGGUGGACUGCUCGGUUGUGGUAGAAUUGUAGGGACAAAUCUUGGAAAGAAAGGAAAAAAACGUUGCCUGCCCUGGUGUAGCAGCUGAAUUACCCAGUUUGAUGGUGAAGAAAGAGUUUUAGAUGGUCUAAAGAUGGAGAUGAUGAGAUAAAAAGUACCAAAAGUGUACAGUGGAUAGCAAGGAUAUGACUGUCAUGAUUCCUCAGCGCCACCGGGCUACAGCCAAGAAGCCCAUGUGGAUAAUCGUGCUCUUGUCUAUGGUUUGCAUCGUGUUGAUUGGGGCUUAUGUCUUCCCACCGCGGCGCUUCUCUAAGUGCUACCUCUCUGCUUCAAGUGUAUGUACGAAUUUCAAGGAUUGGCUCCCUUCCAUGGGCCAUCGGGAGCGGACUGACGAGGAGAUUAUUUCAUCUGUAGUUAUUAGGGAUAUCCUUUCAAUGCCCAUGCCUGUGUCAAAAAAUCCAAAGAUCGCCCUUAUGUUCUUGACACCAGGUUCAUUGCCCUUUGAGAAAUUGUGGGAGAAGUUUUUACAGGGACAUGAGGGAAGAUACUCCAUCUAUGUGCACGCAUCACGUGAAAAGCCGGUUCAUACUAGUUCUUUGUUUGCUGGUCGGGAUAUUCACAGUGAUGCGGUAGUAUGGGGAUUGAUUUCAAUGGUUGAUGCUGAGAAGAGACUAUUAGCGAAUGCACUGGAAGAUGUUGAUAAUCAAGUUUUUAUCUUGCUUUCUGACAGCUGUGUUCCACUGCAUUCAUUUGAUUAUGUGUAUAACUACCUGAUGGGAACAAAUGUUAGCUUCGUGGAUUGUUUCAAGGAUCCAGGUCCACAUGGCAGUGGAAGGUACGCUCCUGAGAUGUAUCCUGAAAUAGAUGAGAGGGAUUUUAGAAAGGGUGCCCAGUGGUUUGCAGUUACAAGGAGACAUGCUUUAAUGAUUCUGGCUGACAACCUGUACUACAAGAAGUUCAAGCUAUACUGCAAGCCAGCGGAAGGGCGCAACUGUAUUGCAGAUGAGCAUUAUUUGCCAACCCUGUUCAAUAUGGUAGAUCCUGGUGGAAUCUCUAAUUGGUCUGUUACAAAUGUGGAUUGGUCUGAGGGAAAAUGGCAUCCAAGGUCAUAUAGCGCUGAUGAUGUCACCUAUGAUCUCUUGAAGAAUAUUACGGCAAUUGAUGAGAACAUCCAUGUUACAAGUGAUGACAAGAAACUUGUGAUGCAGAAGCCAUGUUUGUGGAAUGGAUCAAAGAGACCGUGCUAUCUUUUCGCUAGGAAGUUUAAUCCUGAAGCACUUGACAACCUACUGAAGCUAUUUACCAGUUAUACAUCUGUUUGAGUCCAACCUGAUUCUUUGCCUUGGGCUGUCAAAUCCCACAAGCUUCUUUUCCUGUUUGUAUGUAAAUUGUGAAGUCCGUACUUAUUAGGAUCUGGGCCCAAAGAUACUGGUACAACUGCAACAACUGUGAUGGCUUGGAGCUCAGUCCUCGGUAAAACGGCCACAGCAAUGUUUAUAGAAUGACACUGCCCUCAUAGUAUGUCGUGUUCAAUGUAUGUCUCCAUAGUCUUCCACCCAACUCCCAACUCAUUAGUUCUUUGAAGAACAGUUUUUUUGUCAGAAUGUUAUACUGUCAUUAUAUGAUCCAUUCUUUGUAGACACAGAUUACAACAGAUGUACCACAAGCGCAUAGUCUUAAUUUAGUCAUUAUUAAAUCUUUUGUCAUGGAUUCUA